GUGUGUGUGUGUGUGAGAGAGAGAGAGAGAGUUUUCCCAGCUUCUGUUUCUUCUUUCUGCCAUGGGCUCGGUUUUCCCCGCCGACGCGCUGAGGAUGAAGUCCGGGUUCAAGUCUCCAAAUCUGUCUUUGUGUGAGAUCAUCACCUCGGAUGUCCUGCACAGCUUUCUGUACGGGAGAUGGAGAAACGUUCUGGGAGAACAACCUCAUCACCAUCACCACCAUCAUCAUCAUCAUCCUCACCAUCAUCAUCAUCUUCAUCAGGUCUCUGAAGACAAGCCGCAGCAUCCCAUCAGCAAAACCGCGUUCACCGCUGAGGUCCUGGCGCAGUCCUUCUCCGGAGAGGUUCAGAAGUUGUCCAGCUUGGUGCUGCCCAGUGAGGUGAUCAUUGCUCAGAGUUCCAUCCCUGGGGAAGGAUUGGGUAUUUUCUCCAAGACGUGGAUCAAAGCCGGGACUGAGAUGGGUCCGUUCACUGGCCGUGUCCUCUAUCCUCAGCAUGUAGACCUGCACAAGAACAACAACCUCAUGUGGGAGGUGUUUAAUGAGGAUGGGACAGUGCGCUGCUUCAUAGAUGCAAGUCAGGAGGACCAACGCAGCUGGAUGACCUACAUUAAGUGUGCAAGAAACGAGCAAGAGCAGAACCUGGAGGUGGUGCAGAUCGGUAGCAACAUCUUCUACAAGGCUGCAGAGACUAUUCCUCCUGACCAGGAGUUGCUUGUUUGGUAUGGGAAUUCACACAACACCUUUCUGGGAAUUCCUGGUGUUCCUGGCAUUGAGGAUGAGCAUCAGAAAAGAAAUAGGAAUGAUGAUUCCCACUCAAGCGACAGCAAUUCUUCAACCUCUCCGUCCUCCAUGUCCUCGUCUGCGUCCAGCCGCAUGCGCUGCGUGAUCUGUCACCGUGGCUUCAACUCCCGCAGCAACCUGCGCUCUCACAUGCGCAUCCACACACUGGACAAACCAUUCGCAUGUCGCUUCUGCAACCGGCGCUUCAGCCAGUCGUCCACGCUGCGCAACCACGUGCGCCUGCACACAGGUGAGCGACCUUACAAGUGCCACGUGUGUCAGAGUGCCUACUCACAGCUGGCAGGACUCCGAGCGCACCAGAAGAGCGCCAGACAUCGGCCAGCAGCCACCAGUACAGAAACCAGGCAGCCGUCUCCUGCCUCUCCAUCACAGAUGGCCUCCAUGGCGCAGGCGGUGCCGCUGGUGCACCACAUAGCCACCAUGGUGCUCUGA